AUGGAAUCAUAUUCAUCAUGCAAACAUAGUCACGGAACUAACAAACAAGAUAUCUAUCAAACGAUCAAUCACUUAAGCAAGCAAGCAAGGAAGAAAACAAGGCAGUCCAUCAAUCACACCCAUUCCGUCCAUGAGAGAAGAAACUCAACCCAUCCGGUUCAUUGCAUACUUCAGGAAGGCAGAAGGAGUAAGUAGGGUAGCUCGGCUAAGUCGGGU